CAAAAAUGUCAAAAUCAAAUUUAAUUUUACGAACCUUAAUUGCCUCUACAAUUUUCGGACUAAUUGGAUACUUUGCUAUGAAAAUCGCAUAUGCUUGUAUUGAUGAAGACAUCGACGAUGAUGAUGAAUAUUUCUUUGAUGUUGAAGAGUGCAUGCAAAUUGACAGGAACAAGAGAACGGAUAUGGUUGGAGAUGUAGAUGUUCCAGCAGGAAAAAUAUAAAAUCAACAGUUUUUCAUUUUAAUUUCCUCAAUAAAAUCCAG